AUGCGGCACAUUACAUUCUUCGGUGGCCAGGGCAGCCGGUCGCUCUUCUCGCGGUUCGUUGCGUCGAGUUCCAAGAGGGCUGCUACCGCCUCUGAUACAGUAUCUCUACUGCUCUCAUCCUGCCAUGCUGCCUUUCUGAGCGAGCUGCUGCACCUGAGAAGUCUAGGUCCCGUCCCCUCCUGGGCAGUCCUUGACGGAAUCCAGACGCCGUUCGAUCUGCUUUCCGUUCCCGAGCAGUACCACAAGAACCCUGUUAUCCAGGGCGUCGUUCUCUGCACUCACCAAUUGAUCCAAUACUUGCAUAGCGAGCAGGCGGGGCGGGACGAGACUAGGUCAGAACUGGCCGGGCUCUGCUCGGGGAUGCUCCCGGCCGUGGUUGUAGCGUGUAGUCGAGAUGUCACCGCGUUCAUAUCAUGGGCCAAAGAGGCUGUGCGCCUGGCGUUUUGGAUUGGGUAUCGGGCAGGCCAGUUGAGUGCGCAGCUUGAAAGUCAUGAGUGGCAACUCUAUCCCUGGUCUCUGGCAGUGGUCGGGCUCGAGGAAGUAGAAAUGCAACGGAUCUUGAGCCUGUUCGAGAGUAUCUUGAAGAAGGCUGGCCUUGAGGCCACCUUUAUAAACCUCCAAGCUACGCUCAAGCUAUUCCUAACUAGGAAGUAA